AUGAAAUACCGCAAUCUCCCCCGCACCGAUUUAAUGCUGUCCGAAGUUGGCUUUGGCGUCUGGACCGUGGCCACCAACUGGUGGGGCCGCAUCCCCGAGGAGAUGCGCCGCAGCCUCCUUGAAGAAGCUCUCGAACUGGGCAUCAACUUCUUCGAUACCGCCGACACUUACGGCGAAGGUUAUGGAGAAGAAGUGCUCGCCAAGUUCAUGGGCCACCGCCGGCACGAAAUGAUUAUCGCUACCAAAUUCGGUUACGACUUCUACGACCAGUCCACGCCGCGCAUUGGGCAUGGGGAACGACCGCAGAAGUUCGAGCCGGAGUUUAUCCGGUUCGCCUGUGAGCAAUCUCUGCGCCGCCUGAACACUGACUACAUCGACCUGUAUCAGCUGCACAACCCGCGCAUUGCCACCAUCGAAGACGACGAUGUUUUCGAGACGCUGGAAGCCCUCAAAGACGAGGGUAAAAUCCGGCACUACGGCUCCGCUCUUGGCCCAGACAUCGGGUGGUUUGAAGAGGGGCAGGCCAGCAUGGAAGAGCGACACGUCAGCAGCAUGCAGAUUAUCUACAGCAUCCUGGAACAGGACCCGGCCAAGGAUUUUUUCCCCAUCGCCGACCGGGAACAGGUCGGAUUGCUGUCCCGCGUGCCCCAUGCCUCGGAAGCCUUGACCGGCCGCUACGACGCACCGCCGGAGUUCGACGAGUCCGACCACCGUUCCUUCCGCCGGCACCAGUGGCUCACCGAGGCUUUGAUCAAAGUCGACCAGGUGAAGUUCCUGGCCGGCGAAGAGGUGGGGCGCACCAUGAGCCAGGCUGCCAUUCAAUUUGUGCUCCACCAACCCACUAUCACCAGCGUGCUCCCCAAUUUCACCACGCUGGAAGAGUUGCAAGAAUACUCGGACGCGGUGGACACUCCGGAUAUUACUGAAGGCGAUCAGGCCAUCAUCGACGAUCUCUGGGCCAACAAUUUUUACAUUGAGGAACCGGAGCCCGCGUUUCGCGAGAUUUAG